AUGCCAAAAGUACACACUGAAGUUGACCCUCUCCUGGAUGCUCUGGGUGGUAGAGGGAGGUAUCAGUUAUUGCAGUACUUCGUCAGCAAGAUAUAUGCAUUCACGGCUGCGUUCCAGCUUCUGAACUUUGUGUAUGUGGCCAGAAAUAUCCCCCACACUUGUGGUCAACCAGGUAACAUAUCUGACAUUUUCACCGCAAUUGACGAUGACGCAUUCAAUAUAAAUAACAGCGACAUCUUCUACGACAAGUGCAGCAUCAGAGUCGUGGCCAACAUCAGUGGCGACACCGAGACGAAACAGCUGCCAUGCCUGUACGGGUACAGUUUCCACGAGAGGAAGGAGCUGUCCAUCAUAUCAGAUAUGGAAAUAGUGUGUGACCAAGCUCCUCUCAAAGGCCUUGGACAAACCUUGCUGAUUGUCGGUCAAGGAGUCGGUGCAGCUGUCCUCCCAAUAUUCUCUGACCGUUUCGGUCGGCGCCCUGUCCAUCUCAUUUCCCACAUGAUUGUCCUGGCCUUGGGUGUCGGGGUAGCGUUCUCCCCGAACUUCACAGCGUUCCUCGUGAUCAGGCUGAUUCUGGGGCUGUUCCAACAGGGAAUAGUUCUGACAGAUGCUACCAUUGGAAUCGAGGUAUUCCCAACAAGAUACCGAAAGCUGGUGGCCUUCCUGUCCAACAUUGGCUGGUGCACAUGUCACCUGUUCCUGCCCCUGGUGGCCUACCUCCUCCGGGACUACUCCUGGAGGAUCCUGCAACUCGGAUGCUGUUCCGUGUCCGCAGUCAUCAUUCUACAGUUCUUUUUCCUUGAGGAGUCUCUACGAUGGUUGGUGGCGAACGGCAACCCUAAACAAAUCAAGAAACUCUUGAAGAAAGCAGCGAGGAUCAGCCGCGUGGACUACCAGCAUGUCUUGGAUGUGUAUGAAAGUCUUCACACGGGUCAUGAACAGCUCGACUCCAAGAAAGAACAAGAAGGGACCAUAUCAAAGGAACAAACUGCCGCUCUGCUCACUGAGCCUGUGGUGCAGACAGUUGACGAUGAAACACACUCCCUUCUUGACUUCAUCAAAGACAAACGACUGGGUUUGAAUGUGGCUGUCCUCUGGUUUAUAUGGUUCACCGACAGUAUGACAUAUUUUGGACUGUACUUCACAUCAGAUGCCUUGGCUGGAGAUAGGUUUGUGAAUGUAGUUCUGCUGAUAGUGGUGCAGAUGCCCUCCAGUGUCGCCAUCUACUACCUUGUCGACAGUGUUGGUCGGAAGAAGACAUGCAUCUUUCUACACCUUAUCACUGGGUUUGGAUUGGUCGGUGCUACAAUUGUCCGGGAACUCAUGGGAAACACCGGAACAGGGGCAAUCAUAUCAACUGCCUUUUCUUGUUUUGGCUUCUUCGGAAUAUUUGGAGCGUUUGGUGCACUUUUCUUCUACACACCAGAAAUAUUUCCAACCAAUAUCAGGAACGUUGGUUUAGGGACGUCCUCCGCCUUUUCAAGAUUUGGUGGGAUGUUAGGACCAUUUGCCGGACUACUGAGCGAGUAUGUGACCUGGGCCCCAGGAGCCGUGUUAACGUGUUGCUGUCUGGCGGCUACCGCCAUGGUCAUUGUCCUCCCGGAGACCAAAGGAAAAGAGCUCCCUCAGACACUUAGUGACGUGAAGGCCUGGUACGUGACGACCGGCGGCAAGCAGAGAAUCGAUGCAACAGUUAAAGACGGGGAAGCCGGUGAAAAAUCUGAACAGCAUGAACUGUAGCUUCUUCUUCUUCUUCUUCUUCUUCUUCUUCUUCUUCUUCUUCUUCUUCUUCUUCUUGUACUCUUUCAUGUUUGACGACGGUGACAUGUUGUCAUUGUUUCUCGGCGCAGAUAUCCAAGACUUCACUGACAAACGUGAUGAUGAUGCUUGGGAAUACGUCAUACUGUCAUUUUGUCACUUUGUUUGGAAUAUAAAGUAGCAUCUUGUGUAUAUCUGCUAGAUACACACUCCUUUCUCUUCACAAAUUGUACAUUGUAAACUAUUUA